UACUUGUCCAGAUCUCUAGUCCGACUCCUUCAACUCCCUCCACACAUGCGACCCUACAACUCCCAGCCGAAUAGACACCUCGUCUCAAGCGCCUCCAACUACUGGUCCUGGUGACCUGCGCGAACCACGAUAUCACACCACCCACCUACCAACCCCUUAUCUAUCCUCCCCGACGAUCCCGCCCAUGGCGAACCGCCAUAUCACCCGGCGUAUACUCCUCAGCGCGAUCGGCCUGCUUUUCUUCCUGUUUCUCUUCUUCGUUCGCCCGCAGGGACCGCCGAGUCCUGCGAUUCGCGCCCCGGGGCAUAUCGAUCAUUCGGUGGCGGCUAAGCUCACUAAGGAUGACCUCACGCGGGGAGAGGUGGUGAUGCCGCGGUUGGGGAAUGAGACUGCGAAGGCAGAACUAGGCCGUGCGACAUGGAAAUACUUCCACACGAUGCUGGCGCGGUAUCCGGAGAAACCGACAACAGAGCAGCAGGAGACACUCCGCUCUUACAUUUACAUGUUCGCGCGACUCUACCCGUGGUAUGUGGUGUGAUGCGAUGCGAUCGCAGGCUUACAAUAUAAUCCUAUCCUGUCCGUCCAGCUGAUUGUGUGACAACUCCAGCGGUGAAUGCGCCUCACAUUUCCAGGGCCAUCUGCAAAAGUACCCGCCGCAGGUGUCGUCGCGUAACGCGGCUGCUGGAUGGGGGUGUUUCAUCCAUAAUGAGGUUAAUGCGAUGCUGGAGAAGACUGAGUUUGACUGU